AUGAGUGAAAACUCUGGCGUCCAGUUUAUGGGCGCCAGAACCAAGCGAAGACAUCGUGAGAUGGCCACAGAAGAUGAUGGAAGCGGUGAUGCCGCUUGGGAACAGCACUUUCACCCACGUCGCUCCGACCACGCUCGAUCUGAUUCCCGGUUGCCACCCAGAAGAGAUAGAGAUGGAUUCGACUACCGACGGCCGGUGAUGCUUUCACCUGGAGAUAAUGCCGUGAUCGACUUGACAAACGACCCAGACUCUCCUCCCCAUCGGAAUGUGACAUCAAUAUUCGGUCCCUUCACAUCCCCCCGUCCAUUACGAUUUCCGGGAGAUUUGAUGAACCACACGUCCACCAUGGCUGAUCGUCCUGCUGUAAUCGAUCUGGAAGCGGAGGUCUCGCCGGGCAGUGGAGAUGUUCAGUUUGUUGGGUCUUCUACCCUCAGGCCGAGACCAAUAGAACCCAGGUACUUCGACACCAAUGGCAUUCCAAUACCAAUGCACUUCCCUCCUCAUACACGCCGGCCGAGAAGAUCCGAUGGGACAUGGUCCGGCUAUCGUGCCAAUGGCAUGAGUGACUUGGGGUUGCUUCACUCUGCGGUUCUUUAUCCGCCUAUUCAGCCGGCGCCCCAGCCUCGAUCAUCAUAUAAAGGACUAAGUCCAGCACCCGAAGGAUUCACUCGCCUUUUGGCAGAAGAUGACGUGCCUAUCUGUCCGAACUGCCAGGACGAGUUGGGAACCGGAGAGGGGCUAAAACAACAGAUUCAUAUUGCAAAACCAUGUGGCCAUGUAUAUUGUGGCGAAUGCGCUGGGAAUCGGUCCAUCUCAAAGUCUAAAAAGGCAGCUUCAAAGACAAAGCCGUUCUCAAGGUGCCAAGUUGCAGGUUGUAAUAAACCUGUAAGUAGCCCGACGGCUAUGUACCACCUUUAUCUGUGA